CAGAGCUCCUGGAGUGUAGUUCGUUUCCUGUUCGUAAUAUUUAGUUAUAUAUUAUUGGUGAGAUUUAUUUAAUUCAGUUUAUGCACUUUAUUAACUUUAUUAUUAUCAAGUAAUAUAAGUAUAUCAAAAAUAUCAUUCACAAAAAAGAAUUAAAAUUUAGAAUGACUAAGUAUUAACUAUAUAAAAUAUGACAAUUUAUGCAAUUCAUGAUAAUAUAUAAAGGCAGAUAACCAUCUAUUAUCAUUUAUUUCAAGUAUAAAAAUGAACAUUUACUAUGUUAUAUUUUUGAAGUUUCCACUUAAUUGUUUUAUUUUAUUUUAUAUAUUAUUUUAGAAUAUAAAUGAUUAAUUAAAAAUACAUGAUAAAAGUUAAAAAGUAUACCAUAUAAUUAUAUACAAUCAGCAUAAAUUUAUUUGAUAAUGUAUAACAUCGUGUAUUUUUUACUUUACACAUAUUGCGCAACGAAGAAUGAAUCUUUUUAAAGUACUGCUACCAGUGGGCUUUACUCAUGUUAUAAGAAAUUUUUCAGUUAUAACUAUGAGUGGAAACGAAAACUAUAAGGAAGCGCAAUCGAUUUAUGAUUUCACUGCGAAAUCCAUCAAAGGCGAAGAUGUUUUCCUAUCUAAAUAUAAAGGACAUGUUUGUUUAAUCGUAAAUGUAGCGUCAAAAUGCGGCCUUACAGCAACAAAUUAUAAAGAAUUGAAUGAAUUAUACGAUGAAUAUGCUGAAUCUAAAGGUUUACGAAUUUUGGCUUUUCCUUGUAAUCAAUUUAAUAGUCAAGAACCAGGAAACAGUGAUGAUAUAUGUAAUUUUGCUAAUCGACAAAAAGUUAAAUUCGACUUGUUUGAAAAAAUUGACGUUAAUGGAGAUUCUGCGCAUCCUUUAUGGAAAUAUUUAAAAAAAGAACAAGGAGGAAUUUUGGGUGAUUUCAUAAAAUGGAAUUUUACAAAAUUUAUUGUAAAUAAAGAAGGCAAAGUGGUGGAACGCCAUGGUCCAAAUGUGGCUCCCAGUAAUUUGAAAAAUCAUCUUGAAAAAUACUUUUAAAUAUCUUGAUCUUAUAAUUACAAAUAUUUGCACUAAUAGUAGUUUUUAUAAUCAAUUAAUAUCAAUUGUGUAUCAACUGCAAAUUAUUGUUAUGGAAAGAACAAAAAAUUUAUAUAUUUGAUUUAUACAUUUUUUAUUUAAUAGAAACUUUUUAAAUUAUUGAAUAUUCAACAUUUUUAAAUAUUAAAAGCAACAAAUUACACUUUCUAUAAUUAAAUAAUAUUUUAAAUAUCACACUUAUAUGAAUAAACAUAUUAUUAUCAUGUAUACAUGUAUUAUAAUGUUUAUUUAUUAAAAUUUAAUAUCUUGAA